AGGUCAAGUGAAGUCAAGAAGAAGUCAAGCGAAGUUUUGCCUGGGAUUUAAGGAGAAGGCUCCAUAGCAGUAAAGUAAGUUUAAGGUUAGAAAUCUGAAACAAUGGGUGACUGGAGCUUUCUGGGGAGACUGUUAGAGAAUGCGCAGGAGCACUCCACGGUUAUUGGCAAGGUUUGGCUGACGGUACUGUUUAUCUUCAGGAUACUGGUGCUGGGGGCUGCUGCUGAGGAGGUUUGGGGAGAUGAGCAGUCAGACUUUACAUGCAACACUCAGCAACCUGGUUGCGAAAAUGUUUGCUAUGACAAAGCCUUCCCCAUUUCUCACAUCCGCUUCUGGGUGCUGCAGAUCAUUUUUGUCUCCACUCCAACCCUCAUCUACCUGGGCCAUGUACUGCACAUUGUACGCAUGGAGGAGAAGAGGAAAGAGAAAGAAGAGCUGAAAAAGAAGGGAAGCAUCAAAGAUGGCAAUUACCCAGGAGCAGCAGUGUCUGGCAGUGGUGGUGGAGGAGGCAGCAAUAACAUCAAGGAUCCUCUUGUCAAAAGGGGGAAGGAGAAGCUUCCGAUCCGUGAUGAACGCGGUAGAAUCCGCAUGGGGGGGGCCCUGCUCCGUACCUACGUCUUCAACAUAAUUUUCAAGACGCUGUUUGAGGUGGGCUUCAUUGUGGGCCAGUACUUCCUGUAUGGCUUCGAGCUAAAGCCAGUGUACCAGUGCAGCCGCUCACCUUGCCCACAUACUGUGGACUGCUUCAUCUCACGGCCCACUGAGAAGACCAUCUUCAUCAUCUUCAUGUUGGUGGUGGCCUCUGUCUCCCUGCUGCUGAACAUGCUUGAGAUAUAUCACUUGGGAUGGAAGAAGCUUAAGCAGGGCAUGACAAGCCGGUACAGCCUUGAGAUGCCUGUUGCAACAAUGACACCAGUCAUGGUAACAGGGGAGUCCAAACCUGUUACCCUGCCACCACCGGCACCACCCGUGGUGGUAACGACUGCUGCACCCCCCCCUGUUCUGCCUGACACCCGCACUGUCACACCGCUGCUGGCCCCGGUGAGCAUGGCACCCUACUACGCUGCAGCUGCUCCAAGACCGCGGCCCCCCUCCAACAUGGCCCCCAUGGCCAGCUACCCUGUUGCUUCUCCAGUUCCUGAGGAGAGACACCGUGCUGUGACUCCCACGCCCAUCUCCACUCCUGUCACCAUACCGACCCCCAUCCCCACACCCACGCCAGCCGUCGUCAACUACUUCAACAGCAACAGCCAUGCCCUGGCAGCUGAGCAUAACUGGGUCAACAUGGCAGCUGAGCAGCCGGAGAAGGUGCCCUCCAGCUCAGCUUGCUCCUCUACCCCCAGCAGUGUCCGGCGUCACCUUCCCGAGCAGGAAGAGCCACUGGAGCAGCUACUCCCACCCCCAGCUGGGCCACCCGUCGCUGCAGCCAACAGCGGCAGCAGCACCAGCCUGAGCGGGGCAAGCGGCAGCAAGUGGGAUGUGGAGGGUGAGGAGGAGCUGUCAGAGGAACGGCCCGUCUCAGCUGCCUGCACCACCGUGGAGAUGCAUGAGCCACCGCUGCUCAUAGACACACGGCGCUUGAGCAGGGCCAGUAAGUCGAGCAGCUGCAGAGCCAGGUCAGACGACCUGGCCGUGUAGCGCGGUCGCCUCUGCUCAGAGGAGCAGGUGAUGGAAGGCAGAGUGGGCAGGGGGGCUGCCCAGGGAGGCUAGGCCUGGCGUGGGUGGGAAGGCCUGGGCUUCAAACUUUGACGCUUGGACGCUUGCUGUUUUUGCACUCUGUGAGUUGUAGUGGGGAAAAAUAUCAACAUUUUCUAAUAGGUCAGGGGUGGCCAAAGCACAGCCUGUGGGCCAGGGGACCAGUCCCACUUUCCUUCUUGUCCAUGGCAGACCUCCCAAGGGCAGCCAUAGGGAAGGCCUGCACAGAUAACAGGUGGGAAUGGUAGCUGGCCACGUGUCCCAAGGCUGACUUUAAUCUGAGAAAAAUGUUAAUAACCCUAGUGCCCAUAUGCCUGGCUGUCAUUUCCCUCUUGCCCUUGCCUUCAUUUCCACCCUUUUUCAUAUAAGCUCUACAUGAGUAGGUGCAAUGACUUAUUUUCUUCCUCUUAAAUCUUACAUAGCCCUAUGGCAAACGUCAGGGUGGCAUAUUGCCUGUUGGCACC